CAUAGUGAGAGAGGGUGGUUAGCUACAGACACCAGCAACAAGCAGUGGAACUAACAGCUGUUGUUUGAAAAGAAAGAAGAAAAGGUUACAACCAUGAAAAGCAUUCACUCCCUGGCUGGCAUCCUUCUGGUCCUCGGCUUUGUCCAGAGCAGCUGGCAGGUUCCUGUGCAUGACGACAGCCUAAGUUUUGAGGCAGACGACACAUUAACCGACGAGCCUGUGGAGCUGCUGAGCAUGAAGAGACACUCAGAGGGAACUUUCUCGAAUGACUACAGCAAAUAUCUGGAGGACAGGAAGGCACAGGACUUUGUUCGGUGGCUGAUGAACAACAAGAGGAGUGGUGCUGCCGAGAAGCGCCAUGCAGACGGCACUUUCACCAGCGAUGUAAGCUCCUACCUGAAGGACCAGGCAAUCAAAGACUUUGUUGCCAAGCUCAAGUCUGGACAAGUCCGAAGAGAAUCUGAAAUGGAAAGGCGGGGUGAAACAUUCAACAAGAGGCAUGUAGAUGGAAGCUUCACCAGUGAUGUGAACAAGGUGCUGGAUUCCAUCGCUGCCAAGGAAUAUUUACUCUGGGUCAUGACUUCCAAGUCUUCAGGGGAAAGUAAGAAAAGACAAGCAGAUGAAUGAGAGUCUGGUCAAGGGCUCCCCCUGCAUGCUGCAAACAAAGCCAUAUACGGGAGGAAUAGGAAGCCAUACUGCUUUGCAUGAUGUAACGCCA